CAUGCAUGCAAGUCUCACUCCGUGACACCUCACCACAGAGCCUUGUUAACAUCAUCAGACUGAAGCUUGUACAUCAGAAACAUGAGUGCUGAGCGUUUUGACUGUCACUAUUGCAAGAUCUCUCUACUGGGCAAACAAUAUAUCUUAAGAGAGGAAAUCCAGUACUGUACCAAGUGCUAUGAGAACCUGUUUGCCAACUGCUGUGAAGACUGUGGGAAGCCUAUCGAGAGCAACUGCAAGGAUCUGUCUUACAAGGACCGCCACUGGCACGAACAGUGCUUCAAGUGUGCUCUAUGCAGCAAGACUUUGGUGGAAAAGGCUUUUGCUGCUAAGGACGAGCUCCUUCUCUGCACAGAUUGCUAUUCUCACGAGUACUCCUCCAAAUGCUUUACCUGCAAGAAAACCAUCAUGCCAGGUUCCCGCAAAAUGGAGUACAAGGGAAAUUCCUGGCAUGAGACUUGCUUCUUAUGUCAUCGCUGUCAGCAGCCAAUAGGAAUCAAGUCUUUUAUUCCGAAAGAUAAUGGUUACUUUUGUGUGCCAUGUUUUGAGAAGCAGUUUGCUUACCAGUGCAACUUCUGUAAAAAAGCCAUAACAACUGGCGGAGUGACUUACCAUGACAAGCCCUGGCACAGGGAGUGCUUCCUGUGCACUGGCUGUAAGAAGCAGCUGGCAGGGCAGCGCUUCACCUCCAGAGAUGAGUUCUCUUAUUGCCUGGACUGCUUCAGCAAUCUCUAUGCAAAGAAGUGUGUGGGCUGUACCAAGCCCAUCACAAGCCUGGCUGGGGUGAAGUACAUCUCAUUUGAAGAGCGGCAGUGGCACACCGAGUGCUUCACCUGUAUGAAGUGCUCCGUGUCUUUGGUUGGACGAGGAUUCCUCACGCACCGGGAUGACAUCCUGUGUACAGAUUGUGGGCGAGAGAAAUAGAUGCACAAGGCUAGAUCUUUUUCGUGAAAGAGUGAAGGGUUUAUUGAGUGAUUUAGCCAUGGCUAUUUCAACUUUAACUUGUGUGCUAAUUUGUUUGGUUUGAAGAAUGUACACUUUCUAAUUAGGGCAAUAUCAAAAUGUUAUGUUUUCAAAAGAGUAUAACUAACUGAAAUCAUAGAGAAUGGAUAUGCCAUAUAUCAAACAACAGUAAGUGUAUUUGUUUUGAAGUCAGUCUAUACACGUGUACCAAAAUGCAUGCUUUAUUUUGAAGCUAUUCAAGAGCGCCUAGUGAAUGAGCUUCUCCUACAAUAUAAAUUUAGAGUGCUGUGAGUUUUGUUGCAGCUGGUACAGUAUACAGCCUUCUCAUCUGAAAAGGAGCAAGUCCAUAAGUGCAGAAUUAGGUAAAUCUACAAGCUACUAAUACAGUAUAUGGAUAUUAUUAUACAGACCUAUAAAGCAAUAACAAACCCAUAAGACAAAUGCAUUUUCUAAAAUGCCUGUGGUUUUGUUGGUUUAGUUUUGUUUCAGGAAAUGCUUUCAUUUGUAUCAUUAUAAAUGAAGGUAUACUUAGCAAAGGAAAUAAAUACUAAAAGUACUGUAAUGAUUCUGUUUUCUGUAAACUUUUCUUUUGAAUAUCUGUGUAGACAUGCCUUGGACUUUUCUACAGUAACAGGGGUUAAUUUGUAGGCUAAUUAAUAGAAGUACCUGACACUGGAGCAAGUGAUAACUAUGUUAUUGAAUGUAUAGAACUAGGUUAUGAGUGGUCUUAAGCAUUUGCCUGCUUAAAUAAAUGUGCUUGUAUCAGCAA